CCCGCCGCCGCCGCCGCCGCUAGCCCGCUGCCGCCGCCCAGCCGCGCGCGAGCGCCAAGAUGGCGUCCAUGCUGCUACAGACGUGUGGCCGGCGGGCCUGCCGCCUGCCCCGAGCGCUGCGCCGCCAGUCCCAGCUGGGUAACUUGGGAGAUCGGGCAUGUUUUAGCUGUACAUCCCUGAGGUUGGCAAACAAAAUGACUGUACACUUUAAAUAUUGCACUAGUGUCCCUCCUGUUUACGGAUACUCCAAAAAAGAUCGCUACUGUUGUUGGACUAAAGGAUCUGAACAAAUAUACUUUACUCUUAGGAGCUCUUCUGGCUCAUGGACGCCACUAGCAACCAUGGGUGUUUCAGGUCCCCAGUAUCUUCCAGUUAGAUGGUGGCACUCUUCACAUCCCCUUCAAGAUGACUCCAUAGUUGAAAAGUCACUGAAGUCCUUAAAGGACAGGAACAAGAAGUUAGAAGAAGGAGGUCCUGUAUAUAGUCCAACAGAAGUGGAAGUUGUGAAAAAACCUAUUGGACAGAGGAUUGUGGACGAACUGAAGCACUAUUACCAUGGUUUUCGUUUACUGUGGAUUGACACUAAAAUAGCUGCAAGGAUGCUUUGGCGAGUACUUCAUGGAAACACUUUGUCUCGUCGAGAGCGGAGACAGUUUCUUCGAAUAUGUGCCGAUCUUUUCCGCUUGGUCCCUUUCCUAGUUUUUCUUGUUGUCCCAUUUAUGGAGUUUUUGCUCCCAGUAGCUCUUAAGUUGUUCCCCAAUAUGCUUCCCUCUACAUUUGAGACAAAGUCUAAAAAGGAGGAAAGAUUGAAGAAAGAAUUGAGAGUAAAGCUUGAAUUGGCUAAAUUCCUUCAAGACACCAUUGAGGAGAUGGCCUUAAAAAACAAAGCAGCCAAAGGAAAUGUUACAAAAGAUUUUUCAACAUUCUUUCAAAAGAUCAGGGAAACGGGUGAAAGACCCAGUAAUGAGGAGAUCUUAAGGUUCUCUAAACUGUUUGAAGAUGAAUUGACUCUGGACAAUCUAACUAGGCCUCAGCUGGUGGCACUUUGUAAAUUGUUGGAACUUCAGUCAAUUGGGACAAACAACUUUCUCCGCUUCCAGCUGACUAUGAGAUUGAGGAGCAUAAAAGCAGAUGACAAACUGAUUGCUGAAGAAGGAGUUGAUACCCUGACUGUUAAAGAACUGCAGGCAGCUUGUCGUGCCAGAGGUAUGAGAGCUCUUGGUGUGACAGAGGAGCGUCUCAAAGAACAGCUUAAACAGUGGUUAGAUCUGCACCUGAACCAGGAAAUCCCUACUUCGUUGCUUAUUUUAUCCAGAGCCAUGUAUCUUCCAGAUACCCUUUCUCCAGCUGAUCAGCUUAAAACAACACUUCAGACACUACCAGAAAGUGUUGCCAAAGAGGCUCAAGUCAAAGUGGCAGAAGUUGAAGGUGAGAAAGUAGAUAACAAAGCACGGCUGGAAGCAACACUUCAGGAAGAGGAAGCCAUCAGGAAAGAAAAUGAAGAAAGAGAGAUGGAAAGGUUGUCUGAAGCUGCCGAGAAAGCCAAAGAAACUCUUCAAGCUACAGCCAUGAAAGAGGUGGAGUCAACAGUAGAUCUUGAAGCAGCUGCUCUGCAAGCUAAAACAAGUCAGUUGGCUAUGGAUGCUGAGCAAGAACUGGCAAGGGCAGAUAUGGCGAUGCAUUCGGAGACACUGAAAGAUACAGCACCAGUAUUGGAGGGUAUUAAGGGUGAGGAAAUCACAAAGGAGGAGAUUGACAUGCUGAGUGAUGCUUGCACCAAGCUGCAGGAACAGAAAAAGUCACUAACAAAGGAAAAGGAAGAGCUUGAGGAACUGAAGGGUGAUAUCCAGGAGUAUAAUGAGGAUUUGCAAGAGAUAAAAGAGCUCUCUAAAACUGGCCAGGAAGAGGCAGUGGAAGAGUCAAAGGCAAGCAAGCGAUUGACCAAGAGGGUGAACAGAAUGAUUGGUCAGAUUGACAAAAUUAUUAAUGAAUUGGAGACAAGUCAAAAGACAGUGGAUGUAAGGCUGGAUGGUGCUGAUAGUUCUUCUGCUGGAUUGCGCUUCCUCUUCAGGGAGAAUCUCAUCAGUAUUGCUGAGCUAAUUAAUGCGAUGAAACAAAUUCAGAAGAUUCCAGAGGAGAAGCUAACCAGGAUUGCAGAGGCCCUAGAUGAAAACAAGGAUGGCAAAAUUGAUAUAGAUAAUGUUGUUAAGGUAGUAGAAUUGAUUGACAAAGAAGAUAUUGAUAUUGGCACCAGUCAGGUUGCUGAGAUUAUGGCAUUGCUUCAAAAAGAAGAAAAACUGGAAGAGAAAGAGAAAGCAAAGGAAAAGCAUGAUAAAGAAGCUGCAGAGGCAAAGAAUUAAGCUUCAGAAUCUGAAGCUAAUCCCGGUUGUAACCAAAACCUUGUAUAUCUUUGUGUCUAAUGGCUAUGUAUUACUUGAGCUUUGUGAUUAUGGGAAGUGUUUUGAGCUGAUUCUAGUAAUAAAUUGUAGAUAUGUUUUCUGAUAUAUGGAAUGAAAUUUCCGUUCAUCAAAGAAGUGAUUUAGUGUCAUUCCAUAGAGAUGAAAACAAUAUAUGCUUCUUUAGCAGUACUCCUGCCCACAAAAUCAUGGAUUUGCACUCGUUGUGGUACAGUGAUCCAUUAAACUUGCAAGUUUGCUGUAUAAAUUAAGUAUAUCUAUCAUGGAAAAAUGUUCCUCAUUUAUUGUCUUGCAUCAUUACGUGGGGCCCAAUCUUGCUCUGCUUCUACCUUUCAGCUUUUUCAGAAUUUAUGCUUUCCCCAAGAUCACGGACUCUUAACAGUUACCCUAGCACUGCCAAAUCCACUACUAAACCAUGUCUCUUAAGUGCCACAUCUACGCUUAGGGCCAUGGUUUAGUGGUGAACUUGGCAGUGCUGGGUUAAUGAGUGGACUCGAUGAUCUUAAAGGUCUUUUCCAACUUAAGCGAUUUUAUGAUUCCUUCACAAUAUUACAUAUUUUCUAACCUGUUAGUGAAGAUUCUGUGGCUUCAGUAGUAGUUCUUCAGAUUGAGUUUUAUUUAAGCUAAAUAUCACCAAGCUGUUGCCUCACUGACAGAGAAUGUGGCAUUCUAAUCACUUUUAUGAAUUGAUGAUGACUAUUCUUUUCAGUUGAAGGGAAAAUCAGAUUUGUUUUUCCCUAGAAUGGAAACUUCCCAUGAAGUUUGUUUUUCUUAUGGGUGCCUUGAAUUUCUUAAGACUAGGGAGUAGAAGAUGUUGCUUCUACUCAAAAUUCCAUGAAUUACUAAAGCAUUGGAAUCACAGGAGCCUUUUUAAAAUAGUUUCAAAACACAAACUAUCACACAGUAAAGUGAGUUAAAGUGUUUGUCUAAAUAACAAAAUGAAAGUAAUCAUAAGGGGAAAAUGUCAGUUGUGAUCUUUAUGCAUAUAAUAUUUUUAAAUGCAGUUAUCUUCACAUGUCUAUUUUCAUCUGGUAGUUACUGACACCGUAACUAGUUCUCUUACCUCUCAAUUUUCAUCUCAGGUAUAAAAUCACUAAUGAGGUAUAGUCACAGUACAUAAAUACUUUCAUCUCAUGGCCUUGCUUACUGUGCAGUCAGCAAGUCACGUCUGGUAUUGCCAGUGCUUUGAUUACAUCAUGGGCUUUCUAAUUAAUUACUUACAGUUACUGUCUUUAACUGUGUGAUUAGAUACUGACAGUAGGUCAAGGUUUACUCAUUAAAGUCUGUCCUUAGUAGUAACUUUUUAAGUUUAAAAACUAAAAUACCAACUCUGGGAUGUUCCAUAAUUCAUGGUAGCCUAAAUUUUCCACUCUUUCUUAAAAUUUGUUAUGAAAAACACAUGGUGUGACCAGAACCAUCAAGGUUGUGGGUUGUUUUUUUAUUUGGCACCCAGUAUUAUGAAACACACAAAUGUUCUUGGUUUUGCGUACGUUAUAGAGAGCACAUAUUACAGUGGUGCUGUACACAGUGAUAGAGGUGGGCAGUUAGUACUUAAAGCUUUUAGUUGUAGUUGCAUAUUUUUGUAGAAAAUGUUGAUUCCCAAGCGUAUUUCAGCAUAAUUCCAUGUUCAGUAUUUAUCUAGAUUGGCUAACUUAUUUGUAAAAACUUAUUUGAAGUUAGUGGAACAAAAAAAGUUUUGACAGUCUCAUGGCUUGCAUGAUGGACCAUUGUAUUUAGUUCCAAAGCAAGAUGUACAGUACAGUUAAUUCUAGAAAAAGGGUCAGUGUUUAGUUCAAAUACUGAGUUCGUAUUUUGUACAGUUUGCAAAGAAAGCUGCUUACAAUAAGUAAGAUCCUCCUGAGAACUACUGUAACUGUAUCUGAAGUCUAAAAUUGCUGUGACAAAGCUGAAAUUUCAAAUCGGUAUGAUUUUUGUGGUUAAUGUAUCCCUAAGCAAGGGAGCUGUUGUCUUCCUUGUAAAUCGAGAUUAACUUGGAGAUUUCAGCACGAAAGUCAGUUUGUAGAUUUUGAAGAUAGGAUUUCGCUAGGUGCUUUUUUUUAGGCCAGAACUUAUCUUAGAGGAAAGCGCAAGAGUAAAACUUAUUUUCACAAAAAUAAAUAUAAAAACUAGUUUUACAUUGUAUAAUCUGCUAUUAGAAUUAAUGGGCUUUGAAGUAUGCUGAUUUUGCAGUUGCAUAUUUUCAAUUUGAAAACAAUGUGUAACAGUCUUACUUGACAUUCCUAAAACGUGAUAAAGAGACUGUCUGUUACCUUUCAUGGAAUAUCAAAAAACCUAAGAAUUGUAUGCACUUGAAUGCAUGCAAGUUUAAAAUGAGGAAGUUGCAGAAAAAGCUGUUUUCAAAGGUUUAUUGAUUAAAGUUUUACAGAGCUUUAACUGUCCUUACAAUAAAUUAUCUGAGUGUAGUAUUUGGGAGUUUAAGACACUUUGCUGCUGUUCUUUUUCUGUGUUUACUGUUCACUUAAAUUUUCUGUGGAUUAAAUAAGAAGGGAGCCAGAGAUAGCCGAUUUUUUAAAAAAAUUAUUUUAUGAAGAAUAUCCUGAUUAAAAUAAUUGCGAUACAUUUAUUUAACAUUUUUACCUUUUGGACUUGUUUGAAAUUUGGCAUAUUAUGAAAUUUUAACAGGUUACAUAAAAUACAUUUAAAUGUCAAUCACAAAUGUCAGUUUUCCCCUGUUCCCUAAAGCGUUUAAAGGAUAUAUGCGUCAGCCAUAGUGAAGCGUUUUUGUGGGAAAUAUCUUCCUUCUGAUGUUGAAAGUAGGCAAACAGCUGGACGUGAACACCACUGUUUUGCAACGUUAAAAAGGUUAGGAAGCUGUCAGUAAUUCACAUUUACCCAGUUUUGAACCUUCCCAAGCAGCUCUGGCCUGGUGAUACAGGCAACUCCAGCAAAUCGGUGGCUUGAGGACUAGCUUCAGAAAACGUGCUUUGUUGUCUUUAGUGUUGACCAAAAAAACAGAAGCUGCAGUACUUUCAGAGAAAGGAUGACUUCUGAAUGUACAGUAACUGGUCAGAACUUAUUCCUGAAUGAAUAUUUAGUCAGGAGAUGUAAAUAUUUGUUUAAAUAAUUAAAGGAUGUGCGAGAUUUCGGUGACCUUGUGACUUACACAGGUAAAGCCUCUAAGCUCAGAGUUAGGUAAUAGGUAAGACUGUUGUUGGGGUUGUUUCAGAUUCAAGAUCACAUUUUGAUAAUAAACUCUUCAAGUGGAAAAAAUGUAAAACACAUAGAAGGCUUUUUAAAAAAUCAUUUUAGCAACAGGUAAGAGAAGUAAAGUAGGAUGUCAUUUCUGUUUCCCCUUCAAAAUAAACAGGUUAUAGGACCUAUUUUAUUGAAAAGCUUGUUUCUGUUUCAUAUUGGCUCAAAAGAUGGUUUUUACUGAGAUAUUCAUCACUAUGUGCUGUGAGAGUAAAUCUGCCUGCAAGUUAAGUACCAGAAAUCUAAUUUUAUGGGUGGUUUGUCAGCAGGAGAAUGUUUGCAGGUAGAGAAUAUUCUCUUGGCAGGAUAGUAACCUUACACUUACAUAGGCUUUGUCUGGGGGGAAAAUGUUACAUCUUUUAUACAACCCUAGAAUACUUCUUGUAACUUUAUAUCUACAUACCUUGCUAUUAACUUAAACUUUAGCUAUUCAGUGUGUAUUUAAAUACUUUUAAAUUGUUUAUAUCAAAUUAUUGGGUAUAUUUAAUUAAUAAAAAUAAUCCCAUAUUCUGUUCUUUGUAUGUAUCCCAAGUUUUGCUUUUCAGUUGAGGAAUUUCAGCCCUGUGUUACAAAUUUAAGUUGAAAAUCUUUUGUCUGUGCUCUGAGCAUACUGGUCCUGUGUUUGCCAUAAUGCCGUAUAAAAUUAAGUUAAUUGGAGCUUGUGUCCUUUGUUGUAAUAAAUGUAUCAUUUUGAAACCUAA